UCGUCCUCCUCCUCGGCCCGGAGAAGGAGCGGCGGCCGAUCGCCGACCGAGGCGGCCCAGCGGCGCGGGGGACGGCGGAGAUGGAGCGGAAGAGGUGGGAGUGCUCAGCUCCCCCCCAGGGCUGGAAAAGGGAAGAAGUGGCCAGAAAGUCGGGGCUGUCAGCCGGCAACAGUGAUGUCUGUUACUCUAGCCCGAGUGGGAAGAAGUUCCGAAGCAAACCUCAGCUAGCCCGCUACCUGGGGAGCUCCAUGGAUCUGAACACUUUUGAUUUUCGCACAGGGAAAAUGCUGAUGAGUAAAAUGAACAAGAACAGACAGAGGAUGCGCUACGACUGUUCAAACCAAGCCAAAGGCAAGCCUGAUUUGAACACCGCACUCCCUGUCAGACAGACAGCUUCCAUCUUUAAACAGCCGGUCACCAAGAUUACUAAUCAUCCUAGCAAUAAAGUGAAGAGUGAUCCCCAAAAAGCCGUGGAUCAGCCUCGCCAGCUCUUUUGGGAGAAGAAACUAAGUGGACUGAAUGCCUUCGACAUUGCAGAAGAGCUUGUGAAAACAAUGGAUCUUCCAAAGGGCUUGCAAGGGGUUGGGCCGGGUUGCACAGAUGAAACCCUCCUUUCUGCCAUUGCUAGUGCUUUACACACAAGCACUAUGCCCAUCACCGGACAACUUUCUGCAGCUGUGGAAAAGAACCCUGGUGUGUGGCUCAACACGUCACAGCCACUCUGUAAAGCCUUUAUGGUGACAGACGAAGACAUCAGGAAACAGGAAGAACUGGUGCAGCAAGUGAGGAAGAGACUGGAGGAAGCGCUGAUGGCUGACAUGCUUGCUCAUGUGGAAGAGAUAGCAAGGGAUGGGGACGCUCCAGCAGAGAAAGAUGGUGGUGGAGAAGAGGAGGAGGAGGACGAGGAAGAGGAGGAGGAGGAAGAGCAGGACCAAGAUCAAGAAAUGGAGAAUGUAUAGUCCAGGGGAUUCCAUCCAAAAAUUCCCCGUGAAACAGAACAGCAGGGCCAGCACAACCAUUUACAAAGCCAAGAGGGUCUGAGGACUAAAUUGCACCAACCAUACUUGUGAACGAGCUCAGUGAUCACUAGAGGAAAAAGUUGGGAGCCUUAGACUUUUCAAAGACAGUUUCUGCCCCCCUCUCCCCACCCCC